UCCAUGGUGCGCGAUACUCCUGCCUGUCCCUCUUUGUCCGGUGGCGAUGGAAGGCCAUGAUAAUUAUGGCAAAAUUUGCGUUUUUGAAUGAAUUAUAGUUGAAUGGUGGAUCAACAAGCAUACACCGUGUGAGGACUGGUUUGCUGGCAAUGACACACCAGAGAGUUUCAAUUUAAAGGACAGCAGAGCAAGCAACGGAGAAAGGUCAUAUUAGAUAAUGGCUGCCGAAUCGGGGAGACUACUGGCGGGACAUGGAAAACGAAGCAAAGCUUCAGCACAGAUGAAGAGCCCGGAGAAGAAGAAGGCAAGGAAAUCCACCACUCAGGCGGCAGGAUUCUCCCACCUCACAGAGUUUGCACCCCCUCCUACGCCCAUGGUGGACCACCUUGUCGCCUCCAACCCCUUUGACGAUGACUUUGGGCCCCCAUCUCGACCAAGUGGAGCAGGUGGACCAGGUGGUGCUCCAUUUCUUCCCAGCCCAGGGGCAGGAAGUGGAGGUGGGUAUGGAGGUGGAGGCAGAAUGGGCGGAAGCAUGGCCUUUAUGGGAGGCCCAGGAGGACCCGGCGGUGGCCAGCCCGGGAGGAGGCCACCAUUCGGCCCUCCAGCCAAUGCUGGACCUCACCACCAGCUAGGAUUUGGUGGUAUGCCCGGCUUUGGAGGAGGCGGUGCAGGUGGCAGUGGGGGAGGAGGGGGUGGUGGUGGAUUCCCCCCUGGGGGUCCUUCUCAGUUUAAUAUGCCACCAAACUUUAGUCCACCAAUGCACCCUGGGCCAGGAUUCAAUCCUAUGUUGUCUCCAGGAGCUAUGGGAGGUCCUGGAGGUGGUGGACCACCUCACCCUCGGUUUGGCAUGCCUCCACAACAACAUGGACAGGGUGGGCACCCAUUCAACAGCCCACCUUUACCUGGGGGAGGUGGGCCCAGAGGGCCCCCACAUGGUCCCCUACCUCCUAUGGGAGGAGGCAUGGGUCCUGGAAUGAACCUGAUGAGUGGAAUGGGCGGUGGCCCUGGGGGAAACAUGGUUGGUGGUUUGCCCGGUAUGCCCCCUCAAGGACAGUUCCCUGCCUCACAGGAUGGCCCUUAUCCUGGCCCCAGUCCACCAGGACCAGGCAAUGAAGAUGGAAAGAACUUUGGAGGAGGAGGGGGGCCACCACCUGGACCUCAGCAGCAACAGCUUAAUCUAAAUCCCAAUGGGCCUCCUCCUAAUAAUUCCACUCCUGGCCCUACUCCUAAUUCUGGUCCAUCACAGCCUGUAGGAGGUUUUCCUGGGCACCCUGAUGUCCAGCAGCCCAAUGCCAAUACAACUGGUCAGCCUUCAUCAGGACCUCCACAGCCAAACCCCAACUCUUCUCCCACUGGUCCUCUAAAUGGAUCAGGUCAACCACAGCAUCCACAGCCCAGUCAAUUACAGCCCCCCAGUGCUACAAAUACCCCCAAUUCCAAUAACUCUUCUCAACAGCAACAAUCCACCCCACCUAACUCUGCCCCUGGCCCCACCCCCUAUAACCAGCAGAACAACACUCCUGGUGGUAGUGGUCCCAUGCCAAACACUGCCCCUAAUUCGGGUCAAAACAACAUGACCAACAAUAAUGGAGGCAACACUCCUGGCAGCAUCCCCAAUCCUCCCUCUAACUCCACCCCAACUUCAAACACCCAGUCCCCCCUGCCCCCUGGACCUGCAGCCCCCUCGACCGGGCCUGGCUCAGGCCCUGGAAAACUCGGUGGCCCUGGUAUGGUAUUUCCAUGUGGGCUCUGCCUGGCGGAAGUGCAUGAUGACCAGGAUGCCAUCCUGUGUGAAGCAUCCUGCCAACGCUGGUUCCACCGUGACUGCACCGGCCUGACGGAGCCAGCAUACGGGCUGCUGACGCGCGAGAGCGCUGCUGUUUGGGCCUGUGAUCUCUGCAUCAAGACCAAGGAGAUUCAGCCUGUGUUUAUGCGCCAGGGAUUAGGCCAGCUGGUGGCAGCUAAUGAGAGUUGAGGAGAGGGUCUAAGAGGAGAGGAGCAGCAUGGAGGAGCCUCGUGUAUGGACAAAUGGAGAUAUCUUUGCUCUGAUCUAACUGAAUGACCUGUGUCAUGUCAGCUACUUGCCCAACAUUCUGUUGACUUGCCCUUUACUUGUUCACUACACAGAGAAACACACUCAUUGACGUUCAUGCUUAUAUACAGCACUUUGAGUGACUCUAGGCAGAUGAUGAUUUUCCCCACCGCAUGUCGGACUCAAAUCAUGAUGAAUGUUUGACUACACAGUCCUUGAGACAUCUAGCCUGCCAACCAGCCAAGCACUGACACCAACACACUACCUCACACACUUUGUGACUGUCUGACACAAAAGCUCCCGUGCUGACUGUGGUUGACUCACCACACUUACAGGCAGUGUGAGUGUGGUAUGUCAAACACGUGCAAAGCCACAUUAGGAGGGUAGAGUAAUGUUGAAAUGUUCCUCUGUGUAAUGAUACAGUAACAAGUAUUAGACUCUCAGUUUUUAAAUAAGACAGACUUGAUAUAUAAAAUCAAAUUAAGUGGAAAAAAUCCCUAAAACGGAGCUUGACUUUAUUCACAGUUUGACUCUGUGUAUUUCUUUCCCAAAAAAACGCUUUAUUCUAACACUGCCCUAUCGCAGUUAGCCUUAUUAUUGCAAAUACAAUAUAAGUCAAACUGUGAACAAAUGUUGAGUUAGAAUAUAAAAAAAAUCAUUUUUAUAGUCUUGUUCACAUGGAUGCUCACAAACACAACUGGACCCUGUUGUUUUGAGGAUACAUGGGCUGUGAUUGGAGAUUUCACACCUCACAGAGAGCAUAUUGCAGCGUAAUAUUUGUAAAUACUUCGACAAAACAUUUGUCUGGACUUCCCGUCAUUUGUGAACAUGCCGCAGAGUCGACCAAUGAACAAAAUAAUAGGUUGAACUAAGUGUCUUGCUUGUAUACCGUAUGACUCUCUUUCUUUUUGAUACAGUACUUUUGAGUCAGCCGUUUCUUUUUAAUCUGCAGUACACAUGAAUUGUGAAAUCAGUGCUUUUGGGUGGUGUUGGCAUAGCAAGUAGUGACAUUGUGUCAUGUCAGAUGUGCAUAGUCCAUUUGUAAAAGAAAAACAGAGGGGGGUUGCAUGUGAACUAAUGCAGUAACUGUAUGAUCUGUUUAUGUUUAUACUCUGGCCUCUGCACUGCUAGAGACCUGGAAGUAGACCAAAUAGCUAAAGAGCGAAGACUCCCCGGUUUUUCACAUGGCUGUCAUGGUAUAAGGUGUUUAUAACUAUUCUUCUUUCCCUCUUUCCUUAAUUUUUCCUUAUUCGGUGUCUGAGUUGCUCUUCUUUUCAUCAUCUCAGCUCUUCCUUUUUUGAUUUUUGUACUGGUAUUUGUGCUGUGCUCUUGGUCUGCUCUGGCGCCUCCUGGUGGAACCAGCGAGUCCCUCACCAGGUGGGGAAGGGAAAGGUACUGAACUCUGAAGUAAAAACAGAUUUUUUUUGUACUCACCCAUGUCUGUCUUUUAUUCCUGUGGGUUUACCUCCUCUAGCAACGGCUGUGUUAAAUUAAGGGUUUGGAAAACAAUUCGAAAUAUCAGAAUGUAAUGUCAUUUCUAUGAGCUUUACCUUUUUGAUCUGUUUUUAAGGCUUUUAACCGUUACAAAAAAAUGCUUUGUAUAUUGUAAUCUGAUUUGACUCAAUAAUUAAGUCAACAAUUUUGUCUGUAAAUUCCGAAUAAUGUACUAAUAAUUUACCUACGAAAAGGUAUUUGACAGUAAAGGUAGUGAACUCAU